AUGUCAUCAGAGGCGUCCUGUUCGGGCUUUGAACCUCAAAUUUAUCUACGAGAACGCUGCAAGAACUGUUUCAGCUUACGUUCAAAGCAUAACUUUAAAAGUGAUACCGAAAGGACCGCCAUUAUCAGUAAUAAUUUUGAUAACAGUUCAAUGAAUAUUAGCCAACAGCAGCAGCAACAGCAAGAAUCCCUUGCUACUUUGAACGCAACAAAAGAGCGAAGUCGAGAAAAACGACGUUCCUGGCGAGAUAAAACAUCAACCGGACCGGAUAACGGUGCUCCGGAACAUAUCAACGAAGGUGUCGAGGAAGAUACAACUUCAUAUACUUCAUAUAAAUCAAUUAAUUCAAAAGAUAUGUCAAGUGAAAAAUCUGUUGAAAGUAUAUCAGAUACGAAAAGUAUGAAUACAGCAAUUUCUGAAAGUAUACAGGACGAUGAACGAGCAAUGACUCCUAUGGAAGGCGAUUUGAAUUUCGAUGCAACAAUGAUGAAGGCAGAAAUAGCACACUUAAGGGAAGAAGUAACUAAAUUGAAGGAUGAAAGGCAAAAGUGGAUGUUAAGAAGAGAGAAGCGCGAAUAUUCAGGCGAUGAAUCGCUGAUUGAAAUGCUAGAAGAGCGAUUAGCUGAGGCGGAAAAUUGCAUUCAAGAUUAUCGUGACGAAAAUACUGUUCUAAAAUGUGAACUUCGAGAAUUGCAGGAAUGUGAAGGUUCAAGUGAUAGUCGUAGUGAAAUGACCGCAAAACUAGCGGACAAAUUGAAAGCCUCUGAAUCGUUAUGCGAUGAGUUGAUGGAGGAGAAUGAGUCGCUGAAAGCGGAUAUCAAAGAUUUACAACAAGAAAUCGAAGAAAUGCAAGAUCAGUACCGUGAGGAAGAAAUUGAAGAAUUUCGUGAACUCCAACGCGAAUUGGAGCAAAAUGCCAAAAAUUGUCGAAUUUUACAAUUCAAACUUCGCAAGUCAGAACGUACACGUGAUGAGCUCGAUGCCGAAAAGCAACAUCUUGAAGUUAAGGUGAAGGAUUUACUAGAGGCCUCGUCUGUAACUGGUGGAUUGCAAACAACUGGGAAACAGUUGGACACGAUACGCAUAAGAGAACUCGAAUCAGAGCUAAGAAUUGCUAAAGAAGUUUCUGUUAGAUUGCAUAAUGAACUUGAAACUGCAGAAGAGAAACGAUAUAAAUUGGAGGACGAAGUCUUUUAUAUGAAAGAUAAAAUUAGAGAGUUACAAACGCAAAACAAAUGGCGAGAAGCGCGAAAUCGGACAGAAUUACAAUCGAAAAAAGGUAGCGCAGAUCUGUUGAAUAACUCUACCAGUUCCAAUACCAGUAAAGAAAUACAAGAUAUACUUGAACGUGAAGCGGAUUUGAGAGAUCAAUUAAAAUUUGCAGAAGAAGAUUUGCGUCGAAUGCAACUUAGAUUGCAAGAUGUUGAAAAUGAGAAUGAAGAACUGCUGAGAAAAUUAACGAGGUUAAAGACAGUAAAGAGACCACCAAUGCUACGCUCAUUCAGUGAAGGGCAUGCACAAAUGCAAUUGGAACUUGCUGAACAUGAAAUGGAGCAUUUGUCGACCAAAGUAGAACGUCUGGAAAAGAAAAACAUUCAUCUUUCAAAGAAAAUUAUGGAAAUGGAAUUGGAUUCAAAAAAAACUUCAGAAAACGGAGAAAUUAUUGACGGAAAAGCGAAACAAUUCGAAGUACCACCAGAAAUGCAACGUGAUAUUGGCAAGCUGAUGACAACAAUCAGUGAAUUAGAACGUAAAAACCUGGACUUGUCAUUGCAACUAAAGCAGCAAAACGAGCUUAAUUCAUCAGUACCAUCAGAAAAAUCUCAAGCUGAGUUACGAAUAGAAAGGGAGCAUAAGAGAAUUAUCGAAACCGAGUUGAUGGAGCUUAAACGGAUGAUGCUUCAAUCAGAUAAUCAAAAAUUGAUCUCCAUGGCUACAAAGGUUGAAUUAUUGAACAAUCAACUUCUAUUGGUGAAUGAUCGUUGUUCAAAUCUUCACCGAAGAAUUGUAAAGGAAGGCGGUAAUGAAACAGCUUAUAUGGAUUCGUUGAAAAAUAAAUGCGAAGAAUUGGAAAGGCAACUGAGUGAAGAGAAAGCCAAAAAUGCGAUCAAUUGCUCGCAGAUUGACAGCGCUACCACGGAUGAGAUUGAACAGUGUUGUGAAGUACUUGCAUCUGUGGAAGCACAAACAAACCGAAUUUGCAAACAAAUCGAAAAAAUUGAUAGUGCUCAGAAGGAUGAACGACGGCGUUCGUUAUCUAAGGACAGCAGCGCAACAAUCAUAGCUGAAUUAGCAAGCGUGAUGUCCGAAUUAAAUAACGUUCAUCAGCUACUUGAAGCACACAAGGUUAAUAUAGCAAGCGUCGCUCGAGGUUCUCCAGUGAAAAAUAUAUCAAACGUGAAUUCAGAGCCAAAACCGUGUAGCAAAUGCAAAGAAAGUGAAACAUGCAUCUUAUCGCAGAAGGAUGAAAUUAUGUUCUACAAGAAGAAAAAUAAGGAACUCACUAAUCAAGUGCUGCAGACGGAAGAUCGUUGGACUGCUGAAAUUGAAAAACAGAGGCAAAGUUAUGAAAAUGAGGUCCGCAUUUUACAUACAAAGCUAAAUGAUGCGCAAAAGAAUGUGAUAGAGCAGGAGCAUUUGUUGGAAUCACGUACUGUAGCACUGGCAGAGAAGGCUCUUAUGAUACAGGAACGAGAUGAAAAAUGUGAUAAGUUGAAAAAAGAAUUGCUUAUUGUGAAAAAAGAAAUUCAGGACAUCGAAGCCAACCGUAGAUCUGCUAAGGAGUUUGAAAUCAAAUACAAGAAAUUGGAGUCGAUGUUCAAUUUGGAAAAGGAAAAAUUGGCUGAGGAGAGAACGAAAUCGAAGUCAGAAGUGACAAUGUUGAAGAAGAAAUUCGAGGAAACAUUAAUCGAUCUCGAGAAGUUACGUAACAAUUACGUAAAGAAGGAAAAGGCCUGGCAGGAAAAACGUGAUAAGCUCGAGGAUGAAUUGGCGUGUUUAAGAAAACAGCUUAAUAAGGAUGCCGCAAAUGAUAGCACAGAAGGUACAACGACUGUCUCUGAUCUCAGUUCAUCUGUUACCGUUAAACAUCAGUUAGCGGCAGCACCAGUACUAGCAAACCAGAAAAAUGAUGAUAUUGCCGAUCUGAAAGAUCAACAAAUCGCAACUUUGCAAAUGAAGAACAAAGAGUUGACAAAUCAAAUCUCAGAUGCGAAACGGGUUAAUGAAGAUUUACGCAUGGAGCUUGCCUCUUUACAACAAAAAUGGACUAAAGAUAAGAAUGAUUUAUUACAUAAAGCGAGACAAGAAGAAAAGAUCCGUAAUGUUGAGCUCGAUGCAUUACAGCAAAAGUUUGCAAGCCGAAUGCGAAUCAUGGAAGAUACGAAUAAAUCGUUGCAUUCACAGUUGGUGCAAGCUCGACGGGAUCGUGAUUAUCACCGUGAAGCACUGCAUAAUUUUGAAAGCAAAGUUUCGGAGGAACAAUGCCGUGCAGAAAGUGACAUAAAACGACAUAAAGAAUUGGAGCGAAGAAGCGCCGAUAUGGCCAAACAGAUAGAAGAUUUGAAGGAAGAAGUGACCAAAUUGAAUGCUGAUCUGAAAUUGGCAAAAGAGACUCAUGAAGCUGAUCGUGCUUUAUGGGAUGUUGAAAAAUCUCAUAUUAAGUCCAGGAGGAUGACAGCUUCGGCUAAUAAUAAUAUUGCCGAUGCACAAAAUGUCAAGGUAACGGAAAGUGCUUUGAAAACUGCUGAAAUGGUUCAAAAGAAGUAUGCGGAAUAUCAAAAUUUUUAUGCGAAAGAAGUGGAAAGGUUAAAUAUGAAAAUGAAAGAACUUGUGAAUGAGAAUCUCGCCAAACAGCACGAAUCAGAAAAAACUAUCAAAAAUCUGCGUGAACAGAUCAAAGUAUUGGAAAUAAGUCAACGAAAUUUAAUGGAAGCUCGCGAUAUGCAAUUAGGUGCAAAAGAGUUCUUAGAAAGUGAACUUGAAAGGUUACAAGAAAUGCUAAAUCUAAACGAAGUUCAUCGGCUGACGCGGAAGUACAAAUUCUCAUUAAUUAUUGAUCGGUUGCAAAUACUAAUUGAUUCGCUAAAUAAAUCAUCAAAUAUUGGGAAAGAUUCACUGGAUAAUUUGAAAGCUUUUAUCUCUCAACUGAAACAAAUGAAAGAGGAAGAAUACAAGUCAUUUCCGAUCAGCAAUGGAAAAAAACAAAGCAAAACUGAUGAAAAUCCUAGACCGGCUGAAAGUGAAUCCAGUUCUGUAUCGCAAGCAACAUCUGAUGCAACUUUACAAUCUACUACUCCGACUCAAUUCUAUUCCUACAGUACCCUUCCGACAUCAUCAUACAAGUUAACAGCAACAGUGAAGCAACUGAGCGAAAGUAAUUCCGCCGUUGAAAUUCGACAACUGGAAGCAAUCACUAAUGGAACACAAUCGCCAAUUAAGAAAAUUUCACCAUUUCCGGACCCACCACCUACUUUUAUACUUAACAAGGAGAUGGUGGUAGAAUACGAUAAAGAUGGCCGUCUUCAUUAUAUCCCUAAAAGUAUUUCACGUUCCGCUUCACGUGAUCGAUGUGAUGACAACGAUUUUGCAUCGUAUGGACAGGAUGACGGUGAUGAUUCAUCAACCGGACAUCUACAUUUGAGAACAAAUAGUACCGGAACGAAUAUUUUGUAUGACAUUCGUCGAAUUGAACUAGCUCGUGGUACCCAGCCAUCAGUACGUCUGAUGGCAAAGGCAUUUGACACAAUGGAAGCAAACGCAUCAAAAACUCUUCCAAACUCCAAGCGAUCUUUGUUUGGUAUACGCAAAUCGCGUUCCGUUGAAACUAGUGAAGUAGGAAAAGGCAUUGGAAGUGCUACAAAAAGUGUGUUAACAUCUUUAGCACCAUCACCAGUAGCAGUAACUGUACUCGGCCGAAAUACAUCACUCAUUCAUAUCGAGGAAUUAAUGGGUAGUCAAUCACCGUUCGGAAACGUAUCCCGCGGAAGUCGAAAUCCAUUUAAACUUAUGAAAACAAAAUUGGUUGAACGUGUACGACGAAGUUUGAGUAGAUCAAAUUCCAAAAGACACAGGGAUAAUUCGACAGGAAGUGGUCAAAGCAUUAAACGUGGAGAUGAAAGCAGUACGAUAGCUGAUCAGGAAAUUGAAGUGCUUGAAAAAUUCGGAGAAACAAAGGAUUCUCACACAUCAUCAUCACUUACUAAGAAAAGUACAAGCAAACCUCGGAUCAAAAAGAAGGUAAAGAAAACAGCAACAACCAGUUAG